AUGCCUGCUUUCGAGGGCAAUCCGACGAACAUGGAACGGCACGGCGUGACUCUUCCUGGUGCGCAGUACUAUCCCGUCCGUCUGCGCGGGACGUUCAUCCUGGUUCCGGCGUUCAGAUGGAAGAAGCGGCUCGCGGAUCGCAGUCCUAGGGCCACGCAUAUCACAGAUCCAAUCGCCAGAUCUACGUGUAGCAUGCCCUUGUACGCCGUCGUCUCAUCCAGCCACACUACGGAAAAGGGAACUCCGUCCAUCCGCAUACGGCAGUCGAGCAGCGUGGCGCAGUGCGCACAGUACCCAUCUGCGCCCGCGAAACAACGCUGA